CUUUGAUGGCUUUGAUACUUGGGUACUGGAAAGCAAAAUAGUAAAUCAUAUGACUGGUAAUUUAGGGCGCAAGAGCAGGAUCAGUAUAUUUGCCAUAACUGGAAAUGGAAAUGGUGUGGCUGGAUUUGCACUAACGAAAGCACCUGUACAGAAAGCAGCGAUAAAAAUGGCUAAGAAUAAGGCGGGUCAAAGAUUGAUGUAUAUUUCUAGAUGCAAGGAGCAUACUGUAUUACAUGAUUUUGUUACACAAUUUGGAACCACAAAGAUAUAUGUAAAGAAAAUGCAUGAAGGAUACGGACUUGUCUGCCAUCGUGCGAUAAAAGCAUGUUGCGAAGCGAUUGGUAUAAAAGAUAUGUAUGCCAAAAUAGAAGGUUCUAUAAAUUUACAGCAUAUUAUAAAAGCUUUCUUUAUUGGUUUAUUGCAACAGAAAUCGUAUCAACAACUAGCGGACGAAAAACGAUUGCACGUAGUUGAGUUUAAAUCAGAAAACGGAAAUUAUCCAGAAGUAAUCGCUUCGCCAUCGAAAGUUAGAAAGUCAGAAGAAGUGAAGUCGCAUGAGAUUCUCGAUUUUACUCAAUAUGUUUUGGGUGGCAAAGUAAUAUUGCAAAAAAAGAAAUAUCCUCCAUUUUAUACUAAACAUCCAUUGUACAAAACAAAAUUGGUAAAAUUGGAACGAUUGAGGAACUUUGAUGAAACGAGGAUAAAAUUAAUGGCAGAAUACGGAGCAUUGCAUAGUUUUCUGACUGAAAAGUAUCCGGAGGCAAAGCUGCGUCCUAAGCCAAAGCGAAGCGAGAGCAAUGAAACGGAAGAAUAGAGAAUGUAUCUGAUUGUUAUGUUCUGUGUAUGAAUGCUUAAAAUAAAGCCUUUAUAAGAUUAUGUUCUUAUAUUGAAGUAUGCACAUUUAAAUAUUCAGAUUUUUACUUCAACGGUGCAUGCUUCGUUUAUGAGUUUAUGUGUGAAAGAUUAAAAAUAAAUGUAUGAUAAUUUUUAAAUAAAUUUUAAAUGGCUGCAGGAAAAACA